CUCCGGUCCAGUCCAGAGCAAAGCCAGCUUUCGUGGCCUCCCUGCAAGAUCUUCUUUCACCACAGCGACAUCUUUUAUUUCAACCAUGAAAACAUUCUUCCAAGCCGUAUUCCUGUUGGCCGCACUGUCGGUCAACCUCCAGGGGUCCCACUCUGCAAUGCAACAGAGUAAUUAUGAGUCUCUUCUCAGUGUGGUCCGAAGAAACGCAGGCUAUCCCAGUGAAAAAUCUCUUGUAAAACGCUCGUAUUAUCACACCUAUGGUCCUGGUGACCGUCAUACUUAUGGCCCUGACCACGCCUACGGACAUGGCCAUACAUAUGGCCGUGGAAAACGUCAUAACUAUGGAGAUGGUCAUACAUAUGGUCCUGGUGACCGUCAUACUUAUGGCCCUGGUCACGCCUACGGACAUGGCCAUACAUAUGGCCGUGGAAAACGUCAUAACUAUGCAGAUGGUCAUACAUAUGGUGCAGGAGACCAUCAUACCUACGGAUAUGGUCACACCUAUGGCCCAGGAAGACAUACCUAUGGUCCCUAUGACCGUCACUCGUACGGCCCAGGAAGACAUACUUAUGGACCCUAUGACCGUCACACCUAUGGCCCAGGAAGACAUACCUAUGGACCCUAUGACCGUCACACCUAUGGCCCAGGAAGACAUACUUAUGGACCCUAUGACCGUCACACCUAUGGCCCAGGAAGACAUACCUAUGGACCCUAUGACCGUCACACCUAUGGCCCAGGAAGACAUACUUAUGGACCCCAUGACCGUCACACGUAUGGCCCAGGAAGACAUACUUAUGGACCCCAUGACCGUCACACGUAUGGCCCAGGAAGACAUACCUAUGGACCCCAUGACCGUCACACGUAUGGCCCAGGAAGACAUACCUAUGGACCCCAUGACCGUCACACCUAUGGCCCACAUCACAGACACACAUACAAGCCAGUCUUCAAAUGUGGAAACAUUGUGUUUUUGAAUUCAUACUGUUCGUCUGUGUGUCCGGCUAGCCAUGUCCACAUUUCUGGCAUUGGUGGCUGUCCAAGAGGAACUAUUUGCUGUGCAGCAUAAGCUUGCUCAACGAUUUCAUCCUCCAGAUAAAUGAAUAUAUAUAUAUAUCUGUAUAUAUACAUAUAUAUGCCUGUGUAAAUAUAUAUGAGUCUGUAUAUUAAAUCAUAUAUACACACACACACAACCUGAUGUAAUUGGUUUAUAUGUAUAAUUUAUACAGUCUAUGAAACACACUAAAACUUAAUAUAUAUGUAUGUAUAUGCAUGUGUAUAUAUAUAUGUGAGUGUGCAUAUGC